CGCUGAAUGGUACUAAAACGCUGAAGCCAGAGACAGAGAGACACUAUGGAAUAUUCGCAGUUCUUCAGAUCCAUUACAUUUCUUCUGAUUGCACUUGACCAGACCUCUGGAUUCUGGUUAUUUAACGUUAUCUUCCCACCGACAGCCAAACCUCGCGUAAUAAGUAACAGCACUCCACCUCUUAUUAUUGUACCUGGAAAUUUGGGCAAUCGCCUGGAGGCCAAAAUAGACAAGCCCGCACUGGUGCACUGGAUGUGUUACAAGAAGACCGAGGACUGGUUCCCCCUCUGGAUCGACUUAAACAUGUUUAUGCCCAUUGGAAUUGACUGCUGGAUUGAUAACAUAAGAAUUGUGUACAACAGGACAACUCGCAAGACAUCUAAUGCUCCAGGGGUGGAAGUCAGGGUGCCAGGAUUUGGACAGACGCACCCUAUUGAGUUUCUUGAUUUAAACAAGCUGACAGGUUACUUUCAUACCAUGGUGCAACAUUUGGUCAGCAUUGGAUACAUGCAAAAUGCAACUGUCCGUGGUGCUCCGUAUGACUGGAGAAUCGCUCCAAAUGAACAGGAGGAGUAUUUUUCACAUUUGAAAAGCUUGGUGGAAGAGAUGCAUGCUGAGUACAAGCAACCAGUGUACCUUCUGGGCCACAGCAUGGGCAACAACUACAUCCUGUACUUUCUCAACCAGCAGACCCAGGACUGGAAAGACCACUACAUCAAGGGCUUCAUCUCACUUGGAGCACCUUGGGGUGGUGCUGUUAAACCCCUCAGAGUCAUGGCAUCAGGUGAAAACGAUGGUAUACCCUUCGUUUCCAAUAUCAAGAUCCGCGAGGAACAACGGAUGACCACCACAAAUCCCUGGAUGAUCCCGUCUGAAGAGGCUUGGCCUAAAGAUCACACCUUCAUCUCCACCCCUUUCUUUAACUACACCAAUCAAGACUACCACCAGUUCUUCAAAGACAUCAACUUUGAGGAUGGCUGGUACAUGUGGGACGACACCAGGAACCUCACGGCCGGUCUGCCCGUCCCUGGAGUUGAGGUCUACUGCUUUUACGGGGUGGGUCUCCCUACACCUGUGACGUACGUGUAUGACGAGCAGUUUCCAAAUGCCGAUCCCAUAGAUAUUAUUUACGAUGAUGGCGAUGAUACCGUUGACAGUCGUAGCAUGAGUCUCUGUAAGCGCUGGAUAGGGAAGCAGGGACAUCCUGUGCAUGUGACAGAGUUUAGAGGAAUGGCUCAUUUGGACAUGGUCUUUAAUCACAAGGUGCUCACAGCAAUCCAGAGAAUUCUGGAGGGAAAGAGCCCAGUGGAAAAGGACAACAGUGCUGAACAGCCUUAAUACUCCACGUCUCGUUUUCACGUUUUGUGUUACAUUUUCUAGACUGCAGCAGAAUUUAUACAGAACUAUGCACAUGUACACUGGUAUCCUAUAUAAAAGUAUGUCUUUAAAAAACAAUAUCACAUACAGUGGUCCCAAGUAUAUAUACACUUAAAAUGUGUCAAUGCCAUUGGAUUGGAUAGAAAAAUAUCAAGUGGCAUUAAUGUUAAAGAAAGACACUUAAAAGCAAAAGGAAUAGCAAAAAUUGCUCUGAGAAGAGCAGUGAACUCUGAAAAACUAAAGUCUUUAAUAAUUUUUAACAGAUGUAAUUUAAUUUGCUAUUUUCUUAUUUCAUGCAAUUAAUUUCAUACAUUUUUAAGUGUACAAAAUACAUUUUUUGUGGGCCACUGUAUUUUCAUCUGCAGAGUUUGUUUUGGUUCAUAUGAAUCUUUGUUUUCUUUGUUACAGAACAUAACUGUUUUUUUAUUAUACAGAAUUUAUCAAAUUUAUUUAAUCUGUACAUUAAAAAGUAUAGGUACCAUAGCUCUUAAAGUGUGAAAUAUACUAGGUGUUUCUUUUGUACAUGUAUAUCAUAGCCUGACUGAAUAUAUCUGUAUUAUAGUUAUAUGCUAAUCAAUUUUCUUAGUAUGAAGCAUUCUUAACCUUAUGAUUUAGUUCAACUCAUAAUAAAUUUAAAAUAUAUGUUGA